AUGAAGCAGAAGCAAAAAAAGAGUAGAAAUGAAACUAUUAUCGUUAGUCCAUACUUUCAGAAAUCGGUUGUCAGCCCGUAUUUCCAAAACGUAAAGAAACCGGCCGAACGCGACGGUAAUAUUUCAAAAUACUUCAAGUCCUCCAAGAAGAAUGCAAAUUCUCGAAUUUCCAUAAAGUCGGAGGAGAAGAAACAAGUUCCUUGGGAACGUCAGGAAGAUGCAAAUUCUUCGGCAAAGAAUUCUGUUGUCUUUAUUAAUAAUAAAAAACUCGUGUCCUUUGAUAUUGACGCGCUUGCAAGUAUGAGGCCUGUCGUACACGUCCCAAAAUUCAUACCAAUGCAGUCGCCAUAUAAUCUGGUGCAAGAAACAUUAUAUUAUGAUCCUUGGAAGCUCCUUGUGGCAACGACGUUCCUGAACCGCACCAAAGGCACUCAGGCGCUUCCAAUUAUGUGGCAAUUUUUGGAAGGGUAUCCGACACCACAGAAGACAAUCAAGGCCGAUGCUACGGAAAUAGCAGAUUUACUACAUCCCCUUGGAUUGCAAAACAUCCGUGCCGAACGAUUAAUCAAAUUUUCACUCUCUUACCUGGCCAAUCCUGAUUUUUCUACCCCCAAAGAAUUAUUUGGAAUGGGUCAAUAUGCGGAAGACAGUUGGCGUUUGUUCUGUGGCGAAAAAGAUGAUGCUUGGAUGGAGGGUUCUGGUUGUGAACCCACAGAUAAAAUGUUAAGGAUGUACAUAAUUUGGCGCAGAGUAGUGCACAGGGGGCUUUUGCACAAUGACGAUGAUGACAGGCAAUUGCCUCCGUUUCCAACAGUUGACGAGGAUCAAAUCGAGAACGAUCGCUUCGAGGAUGAUGAGGCGUGUUAA